ACUUACGCGGGGCCCCCCAACCCAGCCUCAGAGCGACGCGUUAAAAAAAAAAAAAAAAAAAAAAAAGGAAAAAAAAAAAAGCAGCCCUUAGCCCCCUCCUCCCCUUUCCUGCUUCUGCGAGAACAUCCCCCCUCCCUACAGCUCCGCCAGCCCAGGCGCCCCUUCCUUGGAAGCCGAGCGGCUUCGCUCGCUUUUCGCCGCCGCCGCCUCUCGCAGUAUUGCAAUAUAGGGGAAAAGCAGACCAUGGUGAAUCCGGGCAGCAGCUCACAGCCGCCCCCGGUGACGGCCGGCUCCCUCUCCUGGAAGCGGUGCGCAGGCUGCGGGGGCAAGAUUGCGGACCGCUUUCUGCUCUAUGCCAUGGACAGCUACUGGCACAGCCGGUGCCUCAAGUGCUCCUGCUGCCAGGCGCAGCUGGGCGACAUCGGCACGUCCUGUUAUACCAAGAGCGGCAUGAUCCUUUGCAGAAAUGACUACAUUAGGUUAUUUGGGAACAGUGGUGCCUGCAGCGCAUGCGGACAGUCGAUUCCUGCCAGCGAGCUCGUCAUGAGGGCCCAAGGCAAUGUGUAUCAUCUUAAGUGUUUUACAUGCUCUACCUGCCGGAAUCGCCUGGUCCCGGGAGAUCGGUUUCACUACAUCAAUGGCAGUUUAUUUUGUGAACAUGAUAGACCUACAGCUCUCAUCAAUGGCCAUUUGAAUUCACUUCAGAGCAAUCCACUACUGCCCGACCAGAAGCUGCUGCAGUAGAAUCCUCUCCAUGGCUCAACUUGCUGUGGAGCAGAAUUCAGUGUGCCCAUCGCCAAGACCAGAAGUGCUCCCUCACCGUGUCUCACCUCCAGGAUGGACCUUCGGCAGGUGUAUUGUUCUCCACUUAAGCAACGUGCUCCCUUGCACUUGAGCUGGACACAAGGACUUGUCAAAGGCCAUUGCUCCUUGUCCCAUUGUUGAUUUAUUCAACCCUGAAAGAAAAAAAAAAAACUUAAACAGCCUCUUUUCCUGUUUCUGAGACUCCCGUUGCAUCUGAAUCCAAGGGCUUAGCAGAAGACCUACACAACCCGUGUUGACAGCAGGAGGAAGUCUCAGAUGGGUAUUCACCCAGUCCUAAAUCCUUAUUUUAGUGAGAGAAAAGCCUUAGACCCUUCCUGUUUUUCCUUCUAGAUCAUUAUUUAUCAGAAUACUUUGGGUCCUGAAUCCCGUCCCCGCUAUUUAAUUACCCUUUCUUGUCUGCAGUCACUGUAUCAUACAUAUACCUCUGUUAUUGCCUUCACAUGUAACACAUUAUACAUCCUUUGUUUUUCCAUGGACUAGGAUAAUGGCUUAAUUAUCUGGGAAUCUCCUGUAUCUAGAUCAGCACUUGGUAUUUAUAUUUUGAGUAAGUGAAUGAAAGAACAAAAGCCAUUUAUUUUGAGUGAAUAGUAAUUAAAUGGACAAUGCUGCCGUCUACAUCUAUCCCUGGCAAAUAAGACGGGAAACAUCCUGAGACUUUUAUAGUUAUGAAAGGAAAACGAAGAGACUUUCAUUGUAAAGAGGAGAAGACUCUGGGGAUAUUGAUAUUAGGGUACUGGAGCAGGAUCCAGGGCUGGAGUGGAUUUAGAUCUGAGCCCUUGGGUGUCUGUCUAGUGCGUGUUUCAAAGCCAGGAUUUAUAGCUCACUUUCUUUCUACCUUCAGCCGUCCCUUCCCUUUUCUUAACUUUUUCUUAUUGCUCUUACUGAUAGAGACCACAAGUUACUACAACUGUUCUCCGUUCAAACAGGCAGUCCUGUUGUCAGACCAAGUAUCCAAUUGUAGGCUUCAGAAAACGUCUUCACCUCUCUAGCUUUUCUGUAAGUGGGUGAACUCAGAUUGGGUGGGCUACGUACUAGAAGGGGAAAAUGAGUUUUAAAAUGUAUCAGGGUGUGUUUGCCAAAUAGGAGAGCCAAUAGCUACUUUUGACAGUGAUUAGGGAGAGACUGGGUUUUCCUAAUCACCCCAAAGUCAUGCCUUGUAUCACUGUAACGUCUUUCUUGAGCACCCUAGAAUCCUCUGGUUACCAAUGAAUGGGCAUUUCAAUCCUUACUAGAAGUGCUCAUCCUUUAUUGUGUUCCAUUAAAGCCUCAGGCAUACACCCUG